AUGAAUUUGGCCUACUUCUCCUAUCUGUCUACCUUCUACCUAUCUGUAUCUCUCUCUCUAUAUAUAUAUAGUCUACGCUUGCUGAAACACAACCCAAUUCGUGCCUCUUUCUUGUACCAUACUAGUCAACAAAAACACCUCAUUCUCUUCUUCUCCUUUUACAAGUUAUUACAUCAACAACUGCAGCAGCUACGAGAAGAGAAAAGCAGAUCAAAAUAUGGACGGAAGCUGCAUAGAUGAGAGUACUGCCACUAGUGACUCCAUAUCCGUAUCCAUUUCUCCUACGUCCGCCGUCUCUCACUUUCCUCCUCCAACUAAAUCUCCUGAGUCUCCUCUUUGCCGUGUGGGUAGCGGCUCUAGCGUUAUUCUCGACUCCGAAUUUGGCGUCGAAGCUGAGUCCCGUAAACUCCCCUCUUCUAAAUAUAAAGGGGUUGUUCCCCAACCUAACGGCCGUUGGGGCGCUCAGAUUUACGAGAAGCAUCAGCGUGUAUGGCUUGGUACCUUCAAUGAGGAAGACGAGGCUGCCAAAGCUUAUGACAUCGCUGCCCAGAGGUUCCGUGGCCGCGAUGCUAUCACUAAUUUCAAGCCUCAAGGUGAAGAAAACGAGGACGAUGAUAUUGAAACCGCAUUCUUGAACUCCCGUUCCAAAGCUGAAAUCGUUGACAUGCUCAGGAAACACACGUACAAAGAUGAACUGGAACAAAGCAAACGAAACUACCUGAUUGAUGGACAAGGGAAGCAGCAUCGAAACCCAGGUGCCAAUAAUGCUGCUCUAUCUGGGUCGGGCCGCGUUCUGAAAGAACGUGAACAGCUUUUCGAGAAAGCGGUGACACCGAGCGACGUUGGGAAACUGAACCGCCUGGUUAUCCCCAAACAACACGCGGAAAAAUACUUCCCUUUACAGAACGUUAGCAAUAGCACAAAAGGGGUGCUGUUAAAUUUCGAGGAUAUUACAGGCAAAGUGUGGAGAUUUCGCUACUCUUAUUGGAACAGUAGCCAGAGCUACGUAUUGACAAAAGGAUGGAGCCGGUUCGUGAAGGAGAAGAACUUGAAAGCCGGAGACAUUGUCAGCUUUCAGAGGUCGACCGGACCGGAUAAACAACUUUAUAUAGAUUGGAAAGUAAAAACCGGGCCGAACCCGGUGGUCUGCUCAGUGAAACCGGUUCAGAUGGUGAGAUUGUUUGGGGUCAACAUUUUUAAAUUAGCUGAAAACAAUAGCGGUGGCGCAGAAGGCGCUGGCGGGUGUAACGGGAAGAGAUCAAUAAGGGAAGUGGAGCUGUCAUCGUUAGAGUGUAUUAAGAAACAGAGGAUAAUUGGAGCUUUGUAACAUCUUGUAAUUCUUUUUUUGUUUUUGGCAUUUUGUAAAAUGGGUUUUAGAUGGAGGAGAGAGAGGCAGGUGGUGUUUAGCUGCAAGUUGCAAAAGGUGAAUUGUAUAUUAGAAGACAACAAAAAAAGCUGAAAAAAUUAGGUGCAACAAAUUUAAAGGAAAAAAAUAUAUAUAAUUAACUGUCAA